GCUCCGCCUGUCCGUGACGUCACCGGCAGCUGCAGCUCCAAAGUUGUCUCUGAAGCCACAAAGUUUUUACUUCUGAGAUAUUCUUGCUUUGCGAUGGCGGAUCAGAAGUUUGCCAUCACCAUCUCGGUGGUGACCCUGUUUUGGCUCUUUAUCGGUGGAGUUGUGCCCUGGUUCAUCCCCAAGGGACCAAACAGAGGAGUGACUGUCACAAUGCUGGUUUUAACUGCAGUCUCCUGCUACCUUUUCUGGUUGAUAGCAAUUCUGGCUCAGCUAAACCCUCUAUUUGGACCAACGCUGUCCAAUGACACUAUCUGGUACCUGAGCUAUCACUGGCCUUAAUUUGUUCUUCAAGGAUAUCUCUUCCUGCAGACAACAUUCCCUCCGAGUUGCCUUGAAACAAAGAUCCCAGUGAUUUUUGAAGUGAAGCCCACCCUUGUGCCUUCUCCAGAACGAUGCUGAAAGGACUAAGAUAUCCCUCUGUUUGAUACUUUAAAUUAAAGCACCCUUUACCUGUUUGUUGUGUGUUGUAUACAUCUUGUUGAAUGCUUUUGUCUGUAUGUAUAAUAUUGAAUUAAAUAGCUGUGUAGCGUGUUUGAAAUGAUCUUACUUUUGCCUUCAUGAUGGAUGUAAACCAUUCAGUGGUUAAUAAAUAAAUUAAUCUAAUCUACCA